UGGAGAUUCAUCCGAUCGUGGUCUUGCGUCACACAACAAUCGAGGCUGUUCAAAAUAUUUGAAACGAAAGCUUCGUGAAUGUACGCGGAGUGUGUGAAAGCGUUGCAAUCAAACGUAGUUAUUGAGAACGAUGAAAAGCUGUAGUGAUGUGAAUUUACUACGUUUGUCCCAUCGGUCGGUAAUCGAAACUGCAAGGUAUGACGGGAAAUGAACGACUGUCAGUUGUUUUAACAAUAAUCUGCUAUCUCUUUUGUGCUGCCGAGUUCGCGAAUAGCGUUGCCUGUGUCCUAGGGAGUUUUUAGCGUUACAGGCUAACUUUGGAACGCGCCCUAGUCUGAUCGUGUUUUCUGCGUCCUACGAAUAUGAGUGGUCAAAAAAUUGUACUCAAAGCACAUACUACUGAAGACAGCCCUCCAACCCAUCGACAUCGCGAAAAAUGCAGCCCAAGUAAUGUAAGAUAAAAAUAUAUUAGGGUUAUUCUGUCUCUUUCACUCUGUAUUUGAUCGACUGAUUGUGAGAGGAGAUUUGUCGGCGAAUCAGAUGUAGAGCGUACAUCAACAUAUACUUCCCUCUCUCACUCCUCUGCUACAAUUUCUGUAAACGCAAAGCUACCUCUAGUACGAUAUGCUGUAAAGAGAUUGCCCGAAAGUCCUCGAAGUCUCUUCUCCGAGAGUGUGAAAAGGUGCGAUUCUGGUAUAGCUACCAGAUUCGAACGUCGUAUGAAAACGCGGUUUGUUCACCGGCUCAGCUCUAUGACGUCACGACAAUACAUAUUCGGCCAUUUUGAUUAAAGAUGGCGUCGACGCUUGCGCGCAGAUCGUUGAACGCGAGGACAAAGGUUGCCGUCAGUAUCAGAAUCGACGGCUAGCGAUGUGUUGAGUAUACGUAGGUGGGUUCGUUGGUUGGGUCGGUCGGUCGGUCAGCUGUAAACCGUGCAGUAAUUAAAGCUGGUGAUCAUGGCUUAGGCGUGCGGUGAUGGGUGGAAAAUAAUUCCGUGGUGAAAACGGUGGUGGUUGUACAAGUUUUCAGUGAACAAACGGGAAUAUCGCAAGUUACUCGACGACAGCGACAGCGACAACAACAACACGACGAGUAGGCGCUGAAAGAAGGAUAAGGCGGAGGGUUCGCGAGUUAAUAAAUGAAAAACGAGUGAAAGUGGUGGACGAUAACGCGUGAAUUCGUUCUCUGUGAUAAUAACACGAGCGAUGGUUACGAUGUUCAGUGAGUGCGGAUACGUCCUCUUCCUGCUGCUACUCGUCCCCUACAUCGAAAGCGCUCGACGACUGAACGAAUACAUACGCCACUACGAACCCCUGUCGUAUUCGACCGAAGAUGUUCACCGAGCUCAUCUCAGGGCUAAGAGAUCCGUCGCGCAGGAUAAUCCAGUGAUAUUUAAAUUUCGCGCCCACGGUAGAGACUUUCAUAUAAGAUUAAAAAGAGACAUAACAACGUUUAGCAAUAACUUAGUUAUACUGGGACCCUCCGGCGAAGAGGAGGACCUCGACACGUCCCACAUUUACCACGGUCACAUACUGGGAGAAGCUGAGAGCCACGUGUUCGGGAGCAUCAGCAACGGAGUCUUCCACGGUAAAAUCGUUUCGCCUCGAGGUGGUGCGUGGUACGUUGAAAAGGCGCAUCACUACUUCCCGCCACACGAAGUAAACGAGACACAUCACUCGGUCAUUUAUCACGAGGACGACGUGAUCGAUCCAUUCGCUGAUAUACGCGAAGGACACUCGUCGGGUUGUGGCGUGACCGAAGAAAGGGUCCAAUGGAUGGACGCGGUUCAAAAUUCUGGUGAACCGGACCCGCCGCUGUCAUCCAAGAGCAAACCUGGAUCAGGAAAUGUUGCGAAGGUCGAUUCACCUUGGGUCGACGACAACGAGGAUCCCGGGCACAAAUACUCGCGACAGGCAAACGUGCUUGAAAGCUCGAGGACGAGGACGAGGCGGGAGACGCGACCCAAGCAGGAGAAGAAUAACACGUGUUCUCUCUUCAUACAGACCGAUCCCCUAAUCUGGAGGCACAUAUCCGAGACGGUGGGUCAUGACGUUGAAAAAACUAAGGAGGAAAUUCUUUCGCUGAUAUCGCAACACGUUAUAGCCGUGAACUAUAUUUACACGGGUACAAGAUUCGACGGUAGGAGCGAGCAUCGAAAUAUCAAAUUUGAAGUUCAGAGAAUAAAGAUCGACGACGACAAGCCUUGUACUCAUCCCCCGAAUUAUGGCGACACGUCGAAUCCCUUUUGCAUGGAAAACAUAGACGUCAGUAAUUUUCUCAAUCUACACUCGCUUGGCAAUCACGAAGCUUUCUGCCUGGCUUACGUUUUCACAUACAGAGAUUUUACCGGGGGUACUCUUGGACUUGCUUGGGUCGCAUCUGCGUCCGGUGCUUCGGGCGGUAUUUGCGAGAAGUACAAAACUUACACGGAAACCGUCGGCGGAAUGUAUCAGUCGACGAAGAGAUCGUUGAACACCGGUAUCAUCACAUUUGUAAACUAUGCGAGCAGAGUACCGCCGAAAGUUUCCCAGCUGACGUUGGCUCACGAAAUUGGCCACAACUUUGGAUCGCCGCACGAUUUUCCACCGGAAUGCAGACCCGGUGGACUACACGGAAAUUUUAUUAUGUUCGCCUCGGCCACCAGUGGAGACAGACCGAACAACAGUAAAUUUUCAAAGUGCAGUAUAGGGAACAUCAGCAACGUCCUGGACGCGAUUGAGGAUAAGAAAAAGAGGAACUGCUUCACCGCACCUGCCGGCGCUUUCUGUGGAAACAAAAUCGUCGAGGAAGGGGAAGAAUGCGAUUGCGGAUACGACGAAGAGGAAUGCAAAGACAAGUGUUGCUAUCCACGCUUACCGAUGUCGAAAAACCAGUGUCGUAGGACAAAUUCAGCGCAGUGCAGUCCGAGCCAAGGACCCUGCUGUUCGAGCGAAACGUGCCAAUUUAUACCGCUCGCAAACAAGUCUGUGUGCAAAAUUGAAACGGAAUGCAGUCAUGACUCGGUUUGCAACGGAACAACAUCCGUGUGUCCUCCGCCAGAACCAAAAGCUAACAACACCAAGUGUAACCAGGAAACUCAGCUGUGCAUCAAGGGGGAAUGUAUCGGAUCGAGAUGCCUGGAAUGGAAUCUUACGGAAUGCUUCUUAACGAGCAACAAACCGAAUAUUGAUAAACGCAAGCUGUGCGAGUUGGCUUGCCAGAAUGGUACUGAUGUUUCGACGUGUCGUAGUACCAGCGAGCUUCCUCACUUGAAAGCCCAGGGAAAAGGGGCGAUCAAUCUGAGGCCAGGCUCGCCUUGUGAUAACUUCCAGGGAUACUGCGACGUGUUCCUUAGAUGCAGAGCGGUCGACGCCGAAGGGCCGCUUGCAAGAUUGAAAAAUCUACUGUUCAACAAGGAGACCUUACUCACGCUUUCUCAAUGGGUUACGGAGUACUGGUGGGCGGUACUGCUGAUGGGGAUAGCGUUCAUAAUUUUUAUGGGCCUGUUCAUCAAGUGCUGCGCGGUACACACUCCUUCCAGUAAUCCUAAGAAACCGCCGGCAAGACGGAUUAGUGAAACAUUGAGAAGGCCGAUGAAUACUCUAAGGAGAAUGCGACAUCAUCACGGAGGCGGUGCUGGUCCGCGAAGCAUUCCUCCGAGGCAAGGACAAGGAGGUCACGGACAGCGCGGUCCUUCGCAUGGAUACGGAGAAGGUAGAGGAGCUCAGUAUUAUCCUCCCAAAGGCUAUCGCUCGGUUCCCACAGCUAGUGCGCCACCAGCAGGUGGUCCAACAGCCAACUUCGGCCGGUCAAAUCGUCCCGAACUGUAUGCCGGGGCCUAUUCGGGUUCCGGAGGAGGUGGUAGGGGCACAGCCUAUGAGAUGAGGCUUCACAACAAGGUUUGACGACACUAGAGAGUCCCAAACCAUAUUUGGCGUUACUUUGUGAAAACAGUCUCAUCGCAGUCCACCGUAAGAGCAUCGUUUGGACUUCUUUAUUGCUCGGAAAAUGAGCGGCCCAAGAGAGAAAGACAGAGUGUCAAAGAGAGCUGGAUACUAAUUUGAAUUAUGUUGUUUAUCAUUCAUAAUUACUAUUAUUACUUAUACAUAAUUAUUAGCUCGCGUCAUGAAAGUUAGAGAAAUGUGAAUCAUCGUCUGGAUGAAAUUUCCUCGUCAGGAAAAGACAAACGUUACAAUUUUAUCAGAUAUUCAUGACGCUUUAGAAAGAUUAAUCGAACCCCGUAUUUGACCUAGCAUCCAGUGCUCUUUUUUUAUAAAUUAUAUAUAAAUAUACCAGUAGACUUCAUCAAGUAAGUAGUAAUUAUGAUAACCAUGGUCACACUGCCCUAAGAAGAACAACAGGAACAACAAAAGAAAGAAGGAACAAGAGAUAGGAAAGAAAAGUCUAGACUAAAACCAAGGUAGAAAUUAUCGCGAUAUAAUUUAACUCCUAAAAUAUCAAUUUUAAAACACUUGUUUUUCCUCGAUCGUUCCCGUUAUUUACAAAAACAAUUCAUAAUCUUCUAACUCGGCAAUCUUUGCUUCCAAACAGACCUGUCGUGGAUUGGAUGGAUGCUUUUGAUAGGAUGUUAAGUAUGACAAUAUUACGAAGUUGUGAUUCACGGGGUGGAAUUAUUGAAUCUCUCAUUGAUUUGAACUUUUCUUAUAUUUUAAAGUAAAUCGUUAUUGGUUUCCUCACCAUCUAUCCACUUAUUGACUUAUCAUAUUACAUUUUACAAAAAAAAAAAAGAAAAGAAAAGAAAAGAAAAAAGAAAAUAUAUACCAUUAUCUUCAUUUAUUUAAAUCAAAUAGUAACAAGUCUCCUUGAAAUUUUGUUACAGACGAUUCAGUUGUUUUUUUCAUCCAAGUAAUUGUGAAAAUUUUAGCUGUGAUAUUUAUAGAAUAGAAGAAAAAACGAGGAAGAAAUGAAAGAAAUCGUAUAACCACUGCUUUAUCUUCUAUUGUAACUGUUUUAUGACUACAGCCAAGCCAUACAACAAUGUUAAAAACCCAUUACUAGAUUCACAUUUUAUGAUUUAGUGCUCCUUCAGACGCAUAUCCUUCCUAUGAUACAUUUUAGGGUAAUGAAUCUGUUCGUUAGUAUCUAAAACACGAUAUAUGGUAUCUUGAAUCAUCGUGUGCACACCGCAAUAAAUUGGAUAUAAAAGUUUAACGUUAGGUCGCGAAUACCUUGUGGAUUUAUUUCUUAAAAAAAUCUAAUCCGAAAUGAAACACUAAUUGCUUAGCCGAAUUUGAGUGAAACUUUGAAUAUGGUCUGAAAAGGAAGCAGAACUUAUAUUUUAUUUCAUAGAUAUAACAUGUAGAAGAAGAAAUUUUUUAACACUUCUUAUUUCAUUUGCACCAGCUAUCGUAUAAAGGCAAAAAAACUCUUGAGGCGGAAACUAAAGGGAAAUCCAGCAUUACCAAACCAUUGCAGGUCAUUCGUUUGAUCUCUGUACCAUUGUAAUAUAAUAAUAUAAUUGAUAUGUAUUAUUCUUAUACUAAUUUUUAUUAGCCAAUUGAAGCGAGUGCAACUAUGAAUGAUGAUGGUAAAACAAAAAAAAAAAAAAAAAAAAGAAAUUGAAACUGAUCAUUUUAUAGUGAUACUCAUUUUACAAUUAUGUAUUGAUUAUUAUUAAUUAGUUGGAUAUUACUGAUUACAUUAUAAUUUAUACACAUAUAUAUUUACUAUUAAUGGAUAAUUGUAAAUGAUAUUUAAAUAGCAUUUCAAUUUAUACAUAUAUAUUAUAUAUUACGUUGUUUUAGUCAAUCAGCACAAUGUUUCCCGAAACAAAAAAAAAAAAAAGCAUGAAUUCAUAAAAAAAGAGAGUGUGAUCUCCGUUCCUUUUUUUUCAAAUUCAAUUUUAUUUUCUUCUUCAGAUUCAGUACUUCAACAUUUUUGUUUAUAUUCAUAAUAUUACAAGGUCAUAUUAAAUAUUAUACAUAAAAAUUUAUGUAGUACUAAAACAGGGAUAUCAUUUUUAAGCAAAGGCUGAUCAUACUAUACAUACGAUAUUUUAAUUUUAACUGUUAAUUCAUUGCCACUAGAACAAAAAAAAAAUGAAAUUUUUUAAUAUACCUCCGUAGUUACAUAUAUUUUUAUUUUUAACAACCACCUACAUAAGCCUCCUAAUUUCGAAAAAUUCCUUCAAACAGAUUUAAUAAUUUGAUUGUGGACUUCAGUCCUGCAUUAUUUUUUCUAACUUAAUUCCCUUCUCUCUCUCUCUAUCUCUAUCUCUAUCUAUUCCUAUAACCAAUGGUUACUUUCUCAUUAAGGCCUAUCUUAUCGUUAAUGAUUAUUCAUUUAUUAUCCCUAAAUUAUAAGAAAUAUGCCUUCGCCAAUUCUGUUGAUUCAAUUAAAUCUAUACCUGUUUCGAAUAUUUUGAACGGGUUUUAAUUACGGAGUACAAGAAAAAGGCGGACAGACCAGCUGAAAUAGCCGCAAAAUACUAUUUUUCUAUAAAUGGGAGUGGAACUAUAUCUAUGGCUGGCAAAAUUCUGGUAGAAAUAGAACCAAAGAUGUAUAUCGAUAUGUUUACGCGACCAGGAAAAACAGCUACUCAAUGGCUCUUGACCUGUUUUUAUCGACCAAAACUGUCAGCGACAACGUUUCACAGUAAACCGUUAUCCCUUUAUCACUUUUAUUUCCUUAUACAUAGGGUAUAUGUGGUUUAUAUUCCGAUUGCAUGAAUAUCUCUACGAUAAUUACUAAAUGAAUAUAUUCAAUAAUUAUAGGUACAUAUGUAGUAAAAUUUUAAUAUCAUUAGCAGCGUUUUUCCUGGCAAUUUCUAUAGGCGUCUGCUCAUCAGCGGUUACAUAUUAUACAUACAUGUAUACAUAUGUGUAUCUCAUUUGAAAUUUUCAUUGACUUUUUCUCCACUGUCUAUAUGGCGAGAGGUAUGAAAAUAAAGAUUGAAUUUGAUAGUGAAAUGUAGGGAAAAAUAGCCAGCCAAAUUUAUGUAUUCAUUGUAAUUCGUACAUCGUUCGGUAUAUGAAAAUGUACAAUAGGCGCAAUGUGAUUUAUAAACGGAUUGUAUGUGAAAAACGAUAAAGUGACGAGGAAGAUGAUAAUGACAAUGGAAAAAUAUACUUGUGUAAAUAUACAUAUUAAUAUUAUAAAGUAUGAUUAUAAUUAUAAUUAUAAUAAUAAUAUUAACAAUAAUAAUAAUAAUAAUAAUAUUAGUAAUAAUGAUAAUAAUAAUGAUGUAAAAGCAAAACGAGAUUUAACGAAGAAAGAAAAAGAGGAAAGGAAGGUAAAAAUGGUAAAGUGAAUAAUAAAAUAAUUGUUUUUAUAUAAAAUCUGUACUAUAGCAAAAUAUUAUUCUGUAUUUUGUAAUCAAGACAGUAUAAACUUAGUACUACGUACCACGAAUGUGUGAGAAAACUUUAUAUCAGGCUCGACUGUAGCUAGGGCAUCAUAAAAUCUUAGAAAUUAGCUCUGAAAAUUUGCCGUAAUGCAAAUCUAUCAGCUAGCUUCAUUCUAUAACGCAAAUCUUGCCGAAUGAUGCGAUAUAUUCACAUUAUACUAAAUGCAUUUAAUACACUAGUUGAGGUCUUCAAGCUUACAAUUAACUGUCGAACGUGUCCGAGUCCCACGAUGACUAUCAUACACCCAUCUCUUAUCGAUUGUUGCGUUAAUAUCUUACGUUGUACAUUGUCAUAGCAAUGAAUUUAUUUUUUAUCCGUAGAGCGAGUUCCUAAUUUUCAACACGAUCGAAAGGUUAUUGCUUGAAUAAUGUGAAUAAUUAAUAACAUUAUCUUAGUUUGUAAAGGUAGCUGACGGCCUUGUGAUUAGAAGAUGUAAAUAUCUGGUAACCAUGGUGCUAUUUUAAUCCAUUCAUGACCGAGGACUCAGUUAUAUGUUUUAUAAGUAAGCCUGUAACGAAUGUCCCAAGAUUUUGUAGGCCGUUUUAUAAAUAAAAAUUGCAUUAUUUUUUUUUUUUUUUUUUCUAUGGCAACAAACUUCUACUGAAUUGAGUCAUGGUAGAUGGUUCUCAAAAAAGGAGAUUUCGACUUGUGUUGUAACAAAAAUUUGAUGGAUUAUUGGAAUGAUUAUCGUUUUUUUUAAAUGACACAAAACAUUAGGAAUCCUCAAUUUCGAUACUAUAGUAACUCAUGUGGUGAUCAAGAUUUAUAGGAUGAGGCCUGGCUGUUUUGAAAAUAUGAAAUUGCUUGUGUGCGUGUGAAGUGUAACGGUAAUUUGAAGAAAACGUGAAAAAAAAAACAAAAAAAAAUUCUUUAUCCCAAACAUAUAUAUUAUCUACGCUUAGGCUACAUAUAUUUAUUUCAGUCGUAACGCGAUACUCUCUAUCACCUGUACAUAAUAUUAGACUCGAGAAAGAAAAGAAGAAAAAAAAAAAUUGAAGAAUUAUAUUUUUUCUAACGAUCCAAAAAAAAUAUUGUAAUAUCUUAUCAAUAUUGUCUGCAACUGGUUUUGUUUCUUUCUCACCUUGAUACUCAGGUUCUUUUUUUCUUUUUUAUUAUGUACGGUUUGACUGAUUUUUUGGAUAUUACGUGAAUCAUGUUACUUGGAUAUCAAAAAGCACCAAGUGGCCUUGAAUCCUUAGAAUGAAUUCUUCUUUUUUCUCCAUUUUAAAUAUUAUUUCAGACGCUCACGGUAUACCUGCGUUCAAAUGUGCAUGAUAACUGACCAAUUGCCCGAUGGUAGUUUAAAAACUCACUUCUCUUCUCCCAAAAAUGUUUAGAACGUGACAUGUUUUAAAAGUAUGAAUAACAUAUAAUUGUGAAUAUCUCUUGUGUUAUGUUAAUGUGAUUAUAGAUACAUUGUAAAAAAAUAAUAAAAACGUACAUUUUACAUUUAA